AUGGAAACUAUCAACAUUAAAUCUCAAGGUCCUUCUUCUUCUUCUUCUACAACUACUGAUUCAGACAUUGAUAACAACGAUUCAGGUUGUUGUUCCAGCAGUAGUAGUAACAGAUCUGAUGCUUCAGCAGCAGCUGAGUUGAAACUGUACAGAGCUUUUAUAUUCUCUGUUCCUAUUUUCUUCACUUUGAUUCUUGUUUUUCUUUUCUAUGUUUUCUAUUUGAAACCUAGAAGGGUUGAUUGGUCUUCUAUCAGAAUGAGGUCUGUUUCUGUUUUAGAACGUAAUAAUCACAACAAUGGAAUCUCCAAUUCUGAUUCUGAUUUAGGGUUGAAGAAAGAAUUGAGAGAAAUGUUGCCUAUUAUUGUGUACAAUGAAAGCUUCUCUGUCAAAGAUACACUAUGUUCAGUAUGUCUUUUGGACUACCAACCAGACGACAGACUUCAACAGAUUCCGGUAUGCGGCCAUACGUUUCACAUGAGCUGCAUUGAUCUUUGGCUUGCCAGCCACAGCACCUGUCCUCUUUGCCGUCUGUCACUACUACCAACCGCUAAAUCUUCGACCGAAACAUCCAAUGUGCAGGCCAUAAGCAAUGAAGAAAUGGAGAUGCAACGGAGAAAUGAAGAAACACUGGCCAUGGAAUUCUCUGACUCGGUAUCUACUAGUCAUUUAGAAACCACUGUCAUCGAAAACGUCUCUGGAGAAGUUGGGAUCAACGCUCACCCGCGCAUCAAUGUUGAAGAGCAAAACGUGCGAAACAACCAAUAG